AUGAGGCAGAGGAUCGAUCAUCUGGAGGGGUUGGUGAGGAGAUUGAUCGGGGAGGGGAAGAAUUCGUCUUCGCCGGAGAGUGUCAAGGGGGGUACUGGUGGGGGGGCCUCUGAGGCAUCGGAGGUGGCUUGUGUUGGGUCGACGGUUAUGGAUGGGGUGAGGUCGGUGUAUAGAGGGGGGGAUGAGUGGGAGGAUGUUUUGGUGGAGAUAAACUCGCUAAAGAGAACAUGGACAGAAGCUCACGAUUCAAGGGAUGAGGUCGUGCGUCCCACACUCUCACACACCGUCGACGGCUCAAGUCUGCUCUUUGGCCAUGUCAAACCGUUGGAGAGAAUCGAGAUCAUGGUGACAUUACCACCAAAGCAUCAAGCUGAUAAGCUGAUAGCUCAGUUCUUUGACCGCGACAACUUUCCCAUAUCCCUUCCUCCUAUUCUCCAUCAACCGACCUUCAUGCGCGAGUAUGAUGAACACUGGGAAAAUCCAUCUCGCACCAACUUCAUCUGGUUGGGCCUCCUCUUCUCUAUCCUCGGCAUCACCAUGCUCUCAUACCACCAGUUCGGCGAACCCCCUGAGUACGAAGGCAUUUCAGAAUCUCUCUUUCAACUGUACCGAAUCCGCACCUCCCAGUGCCUGCUCAGCGGUGACAUUGCCAAAUGUCUGCCCUACACCGUCGAAACCCUCCGCUUCAACGCCACCGCCGAACUCAACCGUAAAGACGACAACCGUCGCGGCCUGUGGAUCAUGACGGGCGUCAUCGUCCGCGCCGCAAUCAACAUGGGCUACCACCGCGACCCCUCCCACUCCCCUUCCAUCUCCCCAUUACAAGCCGAAUUCCGCCGCCGCAUCUGGCUCUCCGUGAUCAGCAUGGACGACAUGGCAUCCUUCCUCGGCGGGUUUCCUCGCAUGAGCUCAGCCAUAUACUCCGAUACACGCGAACCUCAUAACCUCUACGACUGGGAACUAUCCGAGUCCAUCCUGCCUCCGUCUCGACCUUUAACAGAACCAACCGCAGCAACUUACCUGAUUGUCAAAUCUCGCCUUUUUCGCGCCAUUGGCCGCAUCGCCGAUUUUAACAACACCCCAACACUCGUUUCCUACGACACGGUCCGAGAAAUCGACCAGGACGUGUAUACCGCAUACGACAACUUUCCACCGCACAUGAAACCCUCUCCUCACGGGAUACGUAAAGAAUCUCUCACUUCUGCAGCUGCUAUCUCCACCCUCAACCUCGCCUCCAUGUACCAUCGCAGCAUGUGCACUCUGCACCGGAAAUUCAUGGCAAGGGGUCGUCAAGAUGGCCAAUUCCAACUCUCUCGCGACAGAUCUAUCUCUUCUGCUCUUGCAUUAUUAUCAUACCAAGAAGCAUUGGAGCCGUCGUGGUACAAAGCCUCGCAGACCAGACAGAUGCUCAUUCUUGCUGCUAUGAUCAUCCUACUGGAACUGGAACUCCGUACGAGACUCCUGGAUAUGGAUGUCUCUCCGGACAGUACUUCUCUCUUACAGGCACUCGAACGAUCUUGCACACUCUGGGAGAAUGCCAAAGAUUCGUGCGAUGAAGCAAGCAGGAUAUAUGGCAUCUUAGCCAGGAUGGUCGCAAGUUCCCAGAAUAGCUCGAGUAGUUCCUCGCAGUCGGUAACUCCGCCAUCAGGAUUCGAUAUUCCGGGCUUUAAUACCCCGGUUCUGGUGGACGGAGAGUCGUUUGAGAAGGAGUUGGCUAGUAUGGAUGUUGACUGGGCUACCUGGGAUGCUUUUAUCCAGGACACGGACUUUCAGGGUGGACCUGUUUAUUAA